ACCCCAGAUUGAAAUCUGUACGACAUAUACUUCAUAUUUAAUCAACAUUACAUGUAGGAAGAGCUAUCUCUCUCUCUCUCUCUCUCUCUUUUUGAUUUCUCUACUGAGAAUAGAGAAUCCCACAUCUAAUCUAACCAAGGACUUACUAUUCUCUUUCUAUCUUCAGUAAAACAUUGAAGGAAGUUAGCUUCCUACCAUGGAAGGUUUAAUCUUGUUUGUUGGAGUCAUAGGCAAUAUAAUCUCAGUUCUCAUGUUCCUUUCUCCAGUGGGAACGUUUUGGAGAAUUAUAAAGAACAGAUCGACGGAGGAUUUUGAAAGUGUUCCUUAUGUAUGCACAUUACUGAAUGCAGCUUUAUGGACUUACUAUGGGAUCAUAAAGCCAGGAGCCUUUCUUGUUGCUACUGUUAAUGGCUUUGGAAUUCUAGUUGAGAUUAUCUUUGUUACUCUAUUUCUCAUAUAUGCACCACCAAAAAUGAAGGCUAAAACGUGGAUUCUUGUUGGGUUAUUGGAUGUGGGGUUUUUGGCGACAGCAAUAGUUGUAACUCGGUUGGCUUUGAAAGGUGAAGUACGGAUAGAUGCAACGGGUUUCAUAUGUUCUGGUCUUAACAUCGUUAUGUAUGCUUCCCCUUUAGCUGUCAUGAAAACAGUGGUGACAACGAAAAGCGUGGAGUUCAUGCCUUUCUUCCUCUCAUUCUUCCUUUUUUUGAACGGUGCCGUUUGGACUCUGUAUGCUUUUCUCACUAGUGACUAUUUUCUCGGGGUGCCAAAUGGGACUGGAUUUUUACUUGGAACAGCACAGCUAGUGCUCUAUGCAAUUUACAGAAAUGCUAAGCCUGCUCCCAGAAACGUUUCUGAUGGCCUUGAAGAAGGAUCGCAGCACGACAGGCUUAUUACACCUCGGGAAAACCCAUAAAAUUAUGUCGGAAUUAGUUCCUGAAUAUUCAAGAUUCAACGCCUUUGAAGAAGAAGAAGAAGAAGAAGACAAAAGAGAGAGUUGUCAUAAUUAAAUUAAAUACUAUUUCAUCAGUUUUGCAUGCAAGGUAGAGUUUGAUAUAUAUAUGUAUAGCAUUUUCUUUUUUAAAUGAGUAUCUUCAUUUAUUAUCUAAGCCAAAUA